AUGAAGGAUGAAAUGAAUGAAAGAACGAUAACAGUUGUAACACGUUCUACAACACUCACUCAUGCUUUAGUAUUAAAAUUUUUGGAGAGCAAUAAUUAUGUAAAUACCCUGGAAUCUUUUCGUAAAGACGCACAAGAAAUUAUUGAAAAUGAGGAAUUAUUCGAUCAAGAUAAUGAACAUACUAAAAAGCCAUUAACGGCAAUCAUUCAAGAAUAUUUAAUUAAUCAAUUGCAAUCAAAUAUUGAAAAUAUGUCGUUAGAAAGGAUAAUUGAUGAUGAUUUGAUUACACCGGGAAAUAAUGAAUAUCCUCGAUAUCUUUGCGAAUCAUUCUCACAAAUCCAUACUAAAAACAUUUUAAGUGUACGCUUACAAACACUUUCAAUUAGAAAUUUUAUAAAUGGAGAAUACCAAAUCUCGGAAAUUCCUACAAUAAUUACCGGUUCAGCGGACAAAUCUAUUCGUUUAACUUCAUUGCUCACAGGAGAUACAUUUAACAUUUGUAAUGAUGUUCAUAAAGGUGGAAUACUUUGUCUGGAUUUUCAUCCAAUUUAUAAUAAUUUAAUGUUAACAGGAUCAAUGGACUCAUCAUGUGCAUUAAUAAAUGCUGAUGCAAUGAAUGUUGUACAAACAUUUAAAGAUCAUACGAAAUAUGUCGUCAGAGCAAAAUUUUCGAUGGAUGGAAAAAUGAUUGUGACUGCAUCUUAUGAUCAUAAAAUUAUUUUUCACAAGGUUGGAAAUGAAGAAAUGUUAUCAACUUUACCAAGUUAUAAUAAAAUCCAUUCGAUAAUUUUUGGUGGAAAUAUUGAAUCAAUGUGUUUCUUACCGGACAAUCAAUAUUUGGUCGUUGGUGUACGUGGAGAUAAUUAUCUUCAUUAUAUUAAUUUAUCGAAUUUUAACGAUAAAAAAUAUAAUAUGAAUAGUAAUGGUGAUGAUUGGAUUUCAUUUACUCCAAUGGAUAUUUCCCCUUCUCCACAAAAUCAUGGAAAAUAUCUACUGGUUUCAACUGAUGAUGAAAAUGGUAGAAUAAUUUUAUUUCGCGCUCAUUCUUCUCAACAGAUUUUUAAUUUUUAUGAUUUGGAAGCUAUCCCUGAUAGGAAAUUAACAAAUCCUAGACAUUGUUGGCAUCCCAAUGGAAAAUAUUUCUUCACUUUUGGUGUAGAUUCCAUUAUCAGAAUUUUUAAUGUUGCCACUAAAUCUAUUAUUCACAAAUUGGAAGGUCAUAAGGAUAUAGUUAGAGGCUUAUGGUUUGAUCAAAAUAGAAAUGUAUUAGUUUCUUGCGGUUUCGAUAAAGCUGUUAAAAUUUGGAGCGUUGACGACAUAGGUCACGAUAAUACCAAUGGAAUGAGCAUGUAA